UUUUCAUUCUUUCCUACUAAACUAGUUUCUGGUAGUCGGUUUCUUCUUUCUUUCCCUUCUUCGCGGAAGACUAAAGCCGUCUUGUUCCACCAUCUCACUCUUCUACGCUUCUCGAAAUUCUCUGUUUGGCAUAACGUCUUCUCGUUUUCCUCUCUAAAAGUUGUAGUGCGCAGUAUACCAGUGUAACCAUGACGACGGUUUCCUACGUCACAAUCUUUCUGACCGUCCUCGUCCAAGUACUUACAUCAGAUGCCAAAGCUAUGAAUAACAAAAGAGAACUAUCUAGCACUUUGAAGGAACCGAGCGAUGAUGAGCCACAGUUCUGGAAGGGACGUUUUUCUGACCCCCAGUACUGGAAGGGACGUUUUUCUGACCCACAGUUCUGGAAGGGCCGUUUUUCUGAUCCUCAAUACUGGAAGGGCCGUUUUUCUGACCCUCAGUUUUGGAAGGGACGUUUCUCUGAUGGCACCAAGCGUGAGAAUAGCCCACAAUACUGGAAGGGACGUUUUUCACGUUCUUUUAACGGUCGGCCAGACAGUGAUCCCCAGUACUGGAAGGGACGUUUUUCGAGAGGUUCCGUGCCUGGGAGAUAUGGUCGCGAACAGGGAAGAUUUGGUAGGGAACUCCAAGGACGCUUUGGCCGAGAAUUUCAGGGACGCUUUGGACGUGAGGACCAGGGACGCUUUGGAAGAGAGGACCAGGGACGCUUUGGACGCGAGGACCAGGGACGCUUUGGACGCGAAGACCAGGGACGCUUUGGUCGAGAGCUUCAGGGACGUUUUGGCCGAGAUUUCCAGGGACGCUUUGGACGCGAAGACCAGGGACGCUUUGGACGCGAGGACCAGGGACGCUUUGGACGCGAGGACCAGGGACGCUUUGGACGCGAGGACCAGGGACGCUUUGGACGUGAGGACCAGGGACGCUUUGGACGCGAAGACCAGGGACGCUUUGGCCGAGAGCUUCAGGGACGCUUUGGCCGAGAGCUUCAGGGACGCUUUGGCCGAGAGCUUCAGGGACGCUUUGGCCGAGAGUUUCAGGGACGCUUUGGAAGAGAGGACCAAGGACGCUUUGGCCGCGAAGACCAGGGACGCUUUGGCCGCGAAGACCAGGGACGCUUUGGCCGCGAAGACCAGGGACGCUUUGGCCGCGAGAACCAGGGACGCUUUGGGCGCGAGGACCAGGGGCGCUUUGGCCGACAAGACCUCUCAGAAAAGGAGCAGGGAAGCUUUGGCUCAGAAGAGCUGGCAGAAAAGGACCAAGGGAGCUUUGAUGAAAACGCAGCAGAAGAAAAGAAAAAAACAAUUGAUGUGAUCGAUAUUGAAUCAGAUCCAAAGCCUCAAACAAGAUUUAGGGACGGCAAAGAAACCCAAGAAAAAAGAAAAGUAGAGAAAAAAGAUAAAAUAGAGAAAUCCGAUGACGCACUGGCAAAGACUUCUUAACGACGGUACAAAUAGUAUAUUCUGAUGCUUUGAUGAAUGACAAGACAAGACCAAAUAAAUCUCUACCCUUCCCGGGGUAAAUCUAUGUUUUCUUCACAAUUUGUAUGAUAGUUGUUUGUCGAACCGAAUGAGUAUGAGAUUACAUCACACCGAUAAAACAUGACCACAUGCAUGUAAAAUACGACAAAAAACAACAAUAAUAGUAUAUUCUUGUUUUAUUCUAUAUUAUUAACCUUCUAGGGUAAGGUUUAGGGGUGAGGAGAUCAGACUCUUUACUAUGAUCAUUAAGUAGGGAUACUGUAGAUAGAUAAUAAUCAUGAUAGAAAAUCACAUCCAUUAAGGUAAAUUAAGUGCUGCAAAUGAAUGCUUCAAUAAAAAUGAGGCAAAAUCAA